AUGGCAGCGGUGGGCACGUGUCCCGGGCCAGCCCCGGGGGAGAGGGGCAGAGCCCCAAAGGUGCCCACGGGAAGGAGAGCCCGGGCUGCGAGCGAGCGAGCGGGCGCCCCUGACCUUGAAUGGCCCGAGGCCCAGAAUUCUUACCACGCCCCCGGCGUCCCCGAACCCGCCGCCGACCUGACCGUACCUGCCCGGGCCAGGCGCGGGGCGGAGAGGGCGCGGCGCGCAGGGUGGCACGGCGCGGAGGGAGAGCCGAGGUGGCCACGCCAGGCCUGGCACGCCGAGGGCCCCGGCGGGCCGCCGCCCCCCGGCCACCCCCGGCCACCCUCGGCUCGGGACGGGUCCCCGGAGACGCUUUCAACUGAAGUGAUGAGGGCAGUGUCGUGCUGUCGAGAGAGAGCUGGAUCCCAACAACAGGAAACUACCUACAUCACCGACCAGUUCUGCUGCUGCCGCCGGCGCGGGGCCGCCGCGCCCUCGCCCCUCGCCCCUCGCCGCCCGCCGGGGAGAGGCCCCCGCCCCCCGCCACCGCGCCCAGCCCGGCCCCCCGCAACCUGCGCCCGACGCUACCCCAAACCAGCGGCGGCGGCGGACGGCUCCGGCUCCCAGCAAGGCUUUGCCGCCUCGGGGAGCGGGGCGGCCCCGGGCUCCCCGGGAGGCGCCGGAGACCGAGCCGGGCGCUGCGUCCAGCCGCGGCCUCCUGAUCUAGCUCGCCGCGGCCUCGCUCUUCUCUCGCUCUUCUCCCUCCCAGCCGCCCGCCCGCCCGCCGAGGCGCGCGCUCCCGCGACCCCCCGCCCCCCCCGUCCUCGGGUGUCGCCCCCCCCACCUCCGGCGAGCAGGAAACGCGUGGCCUAG